CUAACAAUGGAACCACACCCACUCUUCACAACCCUCGGCAUGCUCGUCUUAGACGCAAUCCAUCUCCCCAACCAACCCCCAAGAACCGACAUAAUCGGCGGCUCAGGAGCAUGGUGUAUCCUCGGCGCCCGCCUCUUCCUCGCACCACCGCUCUCACACCAACUAGGAUGGCUGAUCCGAACCGGCUCCGACUUCCCCUCCUCAGUCCGAGCGCUCCUUCAGAGCUGGGAUAUACAGCUUCACGAGACUGCGGUCACGGGCCAGAGAUCCACGCGCGGAGAGCUGGUUUACGCCGAUACGACGUUUGGACCGAAGAAAUUCCGAUACACAACCUCACCGCUGAAUAUUCAGCCGAUCCAUUUCCUGAGCAGCGUACCAUUACUGGCAACCCCGUUCCUACACCUAUUAUCUAGUCCCAACGACACAAAAUCACAAAUUCAAGACCUACUCAAUCUUCGCCGCUCGUCCGGGAUCGGAGAACAGCCGACAAUUAUCUGGGAACCGGCACCUCCGUCCUGCGUACCAGAGAACCUAGCUUCUUUUCUCGAGGCCAUGAAAAUGAUUGAUAUAUUCUCACCGAAUCAUAUCGAGCUAGCGGCUUUAUUCAGCAUAAAUCUACGCUCCGAGGAUGAAUUCGAUCACUCCACCAUCGAGCAUCUGGCGAGCAAGUGUCUAGAAAGCGGUAUCGGGCCUCGGGGGCAAGGGACUGUGAUAAUUCGCGCUGGACAGGAGGGAUGUUAUGUCUACAGUCGACAGCGGGGAGAAUUCAUCUGGUUGCCACCGUACUAUGUUCAUAAUAACUCGAGUCAAGUGAUCGAUCCGACAGGGGCAGGGAAUGCGUUUUUGGGCGGGUUUGCGGUUGGAUUGAUGGAGACGGGAGAUGAUGUUCUGGCGUCGUGUUAUGGGGCUGUUGCUGCGAGUUUGGCGUUGGAGCAGAUUGGUCUUCCUGCGCUUGGGGUUGGGGAAGAUAGGGUGAGGGAGGAGAGGUGGAAUGGGGUUGGGGUUAGAGAGAGGUUAGGUGAGUAUUUGUCGAGGUUGAGGAUAUCAGUGUCGGGCCGUUCGUGAUGCUUUCCGGCGCCGCUAGAGUAUUGGAUUGAGGAAAGACUUGAUGUUGUCUCUGGCUUGGAAGAACAUGCACAUCAAUGAUGUGAUUUCUAGGGUUUGGGGUAGAAGCAGUUGACGACUUUCGAAUAGUCUCACAUCAACGAGUCUGUUAUUCCGAGCACGGACUUCACAGGGAAUAACGCUCACUCUCAUUGAGC